AUGUCGUCAGACUUCUACCCCGGAGAUGAUCUGGUGGAUAGGGGGUUCAUCCCCCUGGACAUCGACAACGUCCACAUGCUGCUGCAGGUGGAACAAGAACAGAUUCAGAAGAAGACUUUCACCAACUGGGUCAACGCUCAGCUGGCAAAGCGGAGGCCGCCAUGUAUGGUCGUGGAUCUGUUCAAUGAUUUCCGUGAUGGCUCCAAACUGUUGGACCUGCUGGAGGUGAUGAGCAGCCAGCGCCUCAGUCGGGAGAGAGGCCGGGGAAUGUUUCAGCACAGGAGCAACAUCGAGAAAGCCCUUUUGUUUCUAAAGAAGAAAUCGAUCAAACUAGUCAACAUAAACAUUCCUGACAUCAUUGAUGGUAAACCGUCCAUCAUCCUGGGCCUAAUAUGGACGAUCAUUCUACAGUAUCAUAUUGAGGAGUUGGCCAGCAGCCUCUCAUUCAAUUCCCGUCAGUCCUCCAUGGAGUCCUUGGCCAGUCUGGAUUCCCGCUCCACCCUGUCGAGCCGCUCGGCCAGCAGCAGUCCUCUUCCUCCCAUAGGCUCACCGCUGCACAGGCGCUUCAGGGUUUCUGCCAAGAAGGCCCUGCUGCUGUGGGUCCGGGAACAGUGCCACAAAGCUGGCUGUUCAAUAAACGUGAAAGACUUCAAAGGGAGCUGGAGGAGUGGAGUGGUCUUCCUGGCGAUCCAGUACGCUCUGCGGCCCGACCUGGUGGAUCUGUCCAAAGCCAGAACCAGAAGCAACAAGCAGAACCUGGAGGAGGCCUUCCGCAUCGCAGAGAAAGAGCUGAGGAUCCCCAGACUGCUGGACCCUGAUGAUGUGGACGUUCGAGACCCUGAUGAGAAGUCCAUCAUGACCUACGUGGCUCAGUUCCUGCAGUACUCCAAGGACCUGCCAGUGCCAGAGGAAGAAAUGCAGACACAAUACCUCACUCUUCCUAAAAGUCCUUCUCCCGUCAACCUGCCUGUUCACUACACUCCUGCUGUUUCUGCUUCACCUCUGCGACAGGUGGCGCCUGAUCGAAAGGCGCAGGAAGUGACAUGCUGGCUGGUUCAGGCCUACGACGAGCUGCUGGAGGGAUGGGACUCCACAGAGGGAGAGACCUACUCAGAGAGAUACCAUGUAUUUCAGACCUUUCUGGUGUCCUUUAACGAGCAGCGGCGUCCCAUCAUGCCAUUCUUGACAUCGAUGAGACGAACCCCGAAACUGAGCGAUGAGCAGCGGGCUCUCAGAGAGGCGUGGGACUCCCUCACUGAGAAGCUUCGUGAAUACAAAGUGGAGUUAGAUCGGAGUCUCCCGGCCCCCCUGACCUCGGUGGCUCGCUGGCUGCUGAAAGCAGAGAAGGCUCUGGCCGAGGAGGAGGGCGACCCGCAGGAUCACGGCCGAGCUGCUGACGAAGCCAGAGAGAAACAGGAGCUCCUCAAAGUCUGCCUGGAGGAAAUGCCGCAGCAGGUGAAGACCUUCCAGUCCUUCCAGAACUUGGAUGAAGAUGGAAACAUGAUGGUUCCUGCGGACAAGAUGGAUGAACUGAAGAGGAGGUUCACCAGCGUGAGAGUGACUGCUAAAUACCACGGGAUCAAGCUGGAGUACCGGGAACACCGCCACUCGGUUUUAGAUCUGUUGGGGCAGAUCAGGACCAAGCUGCGCGUCUGGAAGAGACCGUACAUCUCCCCGGAGGCUGUCAGGGUGUUGCUGCAAGAAUGGGAUGAUCUGGUAAACACACAGGAGUUACCGUCUUUGCUGGAAGCAGCUCUUCAUAAGCUGAAGCAGGUUUCUGAGAGGUUUUCAAGCAAAUCUGCUCUUUCUACAGACUACCAUACCGUCAGUCAGCAGGUGAAGCAGCUGGAGGAGGACACUGCCAUGGUUUUGGAAGAGGUGACCACAGCCAAGAGCACCAUGGGACGGGUCCUGUCUGCCUGGGACUCCUACAGCGAUGGCUUCAGCUCCCUGCAGGCUUGGCUGGAGCAGGGCUCUGCAACACACAGCCAUAGCCACAGACCAGAGGUGACUUCUGAGUCUAUGGCAGAGUGGGGCUCCCGACAGGCCCACCUGAACGAGGUGGGUAACUUCCUGCUUGAAUCGACAGACCCUCAGACCAGCAGGACCCUGGCAGAGGAGCUGCGCAGACUCAACAUGCAGUGGGCCGAGUUCUUCAAGAGAAAUGCAUUAGACAGCGUGGCUGAGCCCAGUGCUGACGUCCAUACCCAACCGCAGGACAUUCAAGCUCUGAUCAGAGAGGCCACUCACAUUCUCAAAGAGCCUCUGGAGGCCAUGGCAUGUCCCUUGCGCACCUACAGAAAAAGAAUACAGCUCAUCAUGAGGAAAAUAAAAGAAGUGGAUCUUGAGGCUGUCAAUCCCUCCCCAGAAUGCCCAGCGGAUCAGUUACAGAAACUGAAGCUUGCUAUACCUGAAGUGAUGCAGACCUUGUUUGAGGCAGAACAGGUGUGUACAGAGCUGCAGCACAGUGUGUCAGGUCUGGACAGUCGCCUGGCUGAACUCCUGCACUGGGAGACUGAAGCCCGGGAGCUCUACCAGCUACUGAGGGCUGCAGAGCGACAACAACAACAACAACAGCGAGGCCAGGACCCACAAGCCAGGGUUCUGAUUUCCCGUGGUCUACAGCUGGAGGGACAGGUGGUCACAGAGGAGCAGGACCUGCAGGUGAUGGUGAUGACGAGUCAGAAGAACUCUCCCAUCCAGUACCUCCACUCCUCUGCCAUGCAGGACCGAGUGCGAGCCGCUGUUGCACAGUCACAGGAAGCUGUAGGUAUGCUGAGCAGCCUGGGAGCUAGAAGAAGCAGAAGCCCUCCAGAAGGCUCUCCUCCAUCUAAAGUAUUUAAACAGGCUAAAGAAAAGCCUCACCAUCUGAGACAGCUCCACUGCAGGGCCAAAUGCAGCCUCCUGUGCCAUCCCACAUUCAGCUUCGUAGUCAUCCACAGUCAUGGGCUCAUGUCAGGCCGCCCUCCCCUAAGCCACCAACACAUGACCAGAUUCAAACCCAUGCCCUGUCCAUGGCCCAGUCUCAAAUCCAUCCUCAGUCAAUACCCCCACCUCAAAUCCAUCCUCAGUCAAUGCCCCCACCUCAAAUCCAUCCUCAGUCAAUGCCCCCGCAUCAAAUCCAUCCUCAGUCAAAGCCCCAGCCUCAAAUCCAUCCUCAGUCAAUGUCCCAGCCUCAAUUCCAUCCUCAGCCAAUGCCCCAGCCUCAACCCCAUCCUCAGUCAAUGCCCCCGCCUCAAAUUCAUCCUCAGUCAAAGCCCCAGCCUCAAAUUCAUCCUCAGUCAAAGCCCCAGCCUCAAAUCCAUCCUCAGUCAAAGCCCCAGCCUCAAAUCCAUUCUCAGUCAAAGCCUCAAAUCCAUCCUCAGCAAAAGCAUCAGCCUCAAAUCCAUCCUCAGUCAAAGCCCCAGCCACAAACCCAUCCUGAUUCCAUCUCCCAGGCUCCAUCAACCCAUGCUCAGUCCAUGGUCCAUGUUCAAACCCAUCCUCAGCCAAAGACCCAGUCUCAAAUUCAUGCUCAGCCAACAGCAAAGGCUCAAAUCCAUCCUCAAACCGUGGUCCAGGCUCAAACCCAUGCUCAACCAAUGGUCCUGCCAAGUCACGCCCAACCUUCGACCCAACAUCAAACCCAAGCUCAUGUUCCAGAGGUCCAGCACCCAGGCCAUAUCUCCCAGGGCCAAAUUCCUGUUUGGACCCAAGUUAGAGUCUCAUCCCCAAUGUCUGUCCAGCAACCACAGGCACAACCUGCACUGCACCCGCAAGGUUACCCCCGGGGUCAUUCCCCAUCCCAGCAGGGGACACCCAAACAAGAGCAACAAAACCAAGCCAUUGCCCAGCAAAGGCAUCCUAUUCCCCAGGCAUACCCUCCACAAAUGGCUCAAGCUCCACAGUCUCAGGCUUAUCCAACCGUUCAGGCUCUACAGCAGUGGCCCCAAGCUGGAACCCAGCAAGGACCUCAGAUGCAACAAGGCCAAGUUCAGCAACAGACUUGGAUUCAGGCACCGCCUCAACUUCAGCCCCAGACUUAUCCCCAGCCUCAAUCGCAGCAAUAUUCACAGGUUCAGCAUCAAACUCAGUAUCACCCUCAGCCUCAGAUGCAAGCUCAAAUACCUCCCAAAUCGCAACCACCACUUCAAGCCCAACCUCAGCUUCCUGCACAGCCUCAGCUUCAACCCCGGCUGCAGGCCCAGUCCCAAACACACAUCCAGACACAGCCAUCAGUACAAUUCCAGCAGGCACCUCCACAACCCAGACAUCAGGCCCAGCUCCAACCACAACCAAAGAUUCAGUCACCAACUCAACCAAAAGGUCAAUGUGCUGCCUCAGUCCCUGCCUGAGUCACCAGACCUGCUCAUUAAACCUCCAGCCCUGGCCCAGGCUCCUCCCAAGGCCUACACAGAGGCUUACGCCAAGGCCCAGGCAUUAGCCAGAAAUGGCUUUGAGGAAGCCAAGCAUUGUCUGCAGGAGCAUAUCAUGGAAACCAUUAACGUUUUUAAAGACAAAAGUAUAUCGGCUGAGCAAGCAUCAGUGAAAGAGGAGACUCUGAAGACCCUGGACCCAGAGCUGCUAGACGAGUUCUUGAGAGCAGCCAAGGGCAUGGAGGCCUUUUGUACCCCCUCCCAGCUCAGAGACAUGGAGUUCUUCACCCAGUCUAUCAGGACACAGUGGGAGGCUUGUUUCUCAGCGGAGGGCAGCUUUGCCCAGACAGGGCAGCACCUGGAGGCCUUGAAAGAGCUGUGUGACACCCUGAGCCCACAGGAUGCUCACCGCCUGGCCCAGACUCAGCUGAGGGAGUGUGAGACGAGGCUGGCUGAUAUCCAGAGACAGUUCAGUGGAGACCCAGACGUACCUCUCCCUGAUUCUAGGAUUCCUGUUGCCCUCAGUGAAGAUCUGACCACACAAAACGAACCUACAAGACUAAGUGACAAACCGGUCUCAGCUGAGGUGUUUCAAGUGACGACGAAGACUGUCAGUGUGGAGAAGAGGGAGGUGGAAAAGCAGGUUUCUGUAGAGGAAGACAGAUUUGAGAAUUGUAAGAGGUCUUUACAAGCACAACUGGCUAAAAAUGAGCAGAGCAUCAAGGAUGUGCCUUCGGACUCCGUCUCUUUGAAAGGUCUGCAUACACGUCUCCAGGAAAUACAGUUCUUGCGGCAGGAGACCGAGUCUCUGUGGUCUGAGUAUGCAAACCAGUGUUCGCAGGUGAGCGGGAACACUGGUCUGGAGCAGCAGAAGGCGGAGCUGCAGGAGCAGUGGCGCGACCAACAGUCCAAACUCCAGCGGAGGGGCAGCUCGCUGGGCGCUGCCCUCAGACAGAUAGACUCCACCGAGAACCACAUGGUGGACUUCACCGACCGCCUGGACCGCUACCUGAGACAUCCCAAAGACAUCACUGCCUUCACACCGGCCAACACCAACAUCCUGAAAGAUAUCAAGGAACUGGAUGACAACAUCCAGAGCGAGCUGGACCAGCUGUCCCGUCUCCACCCUGAAUCCAGUGAUCUGGACCCCAGAGACGGCUUCCUUCUGUCCCGUGAGGUCGAGACUCACAGAACCAGCCUGGAUCAGCUUCGACAGCAGGUCCGGAAGAGUGAAGCGGCCGCCCGCGCCCUCGACCGCUUCCUCAUGUCAUUGCGUACUGUGGAUGAAGACAUCUCUGGUGUCCAAGGCGCCCCCUGCAGCAACACUGUGAUACUGCAGGACUGUCGCUCCAAGCUGACUCUGAUCAGGCAGAGCAUCGACAGUCUGAAAGAAAAGGCGCCUCGGCUGGAUGUUCUCCUGCAGGGGGCCAGGCUGACAGUCACCAGGGAUGGUGUCCCGGCCUCCUGCCUGGACAUGGUGACUGCCCUGCUGACGAGGCUGGAGGAGGCGGACAGUGGGCUGGCCACCCAGCAGGAGGGGCUCCAGAAGGAGACGCAGAGCAAAUCGCUGGGCCUGAGGAAGAGGACACUCAUCGGGGAUCUGAGGAAGCUGCAGGAUACCAUCGAAACACAAGGCCUGAAGGAGCCCACCAUGCCUGCUGUGCAACACAGGCUUCGUGCCCUGUCAGAUUUGGAGGGUCAGCUGCAGGCUCAGCACGCAGAGGUCCAGAACCUCCGUGAACUUCAAGAGAAACAGGGAGGAGGAGAACAACUCUUUGAGGAGCUGGAGACUCAGUGGAAGGACACUCAGAAAGCUUUUUCUGGCAGGAAGAAGCAGUGCAGCAUCCUGCUGGAGCUUCUGAAGAAGUUCCAGAGCUGCCGCAGUCACAUGAGCAAGACCAUGCAGAAAGCAGAGCAGAGCAUCAUUGAUCAGGCUUCCUACUUGGGCAAGGAAAACCUGCAAAAAAAUAUUACUGUGGUGUCUGGUGUUAAGGAGGGGCUAGGUGCUGUCGGGCAGCGCAUGGAAGAGAUGAGGGGUGUUUGCAGACAGCUGCAGUCCCAACUGAAGAAUUUCUCCGACUGCAGUGAGACUCCCUUUGAAGCCGAAGCUGACACACUCAUGGACAGCUGGCUGGAUGUGACGGAGAAGACGGAUGCCUACAUGGAUAACCUGCGAGUGGGGCAGGAGCUGUGGGAGAAGCAGCUGAUGCUGGGGGGAGAGGUGGACGGCUGGGCAGGGGUCAAACUGGCCCUGUUUGCAGAGAGCCAUCCUUUCCACAACGAGCAACAAGUGCUUGCCAUGAGGGAUGAGAUCCAUGCAAAUGAGGAGAACAUUGAGCAUUUCCACAAGAAGUCGUUAGAGAUCCAGACGAUGCUGCAGAGUCGGGAAGCACCUCUGGAGCUGCAGGUGAUGGAAACCCAGCUGAGGAAGAGGAUGGAGCAGGUGAAGGAGCUGUUUGCCGACUGCACCGACGUCUUUGAGGAACUGGUAGCUGUGAAGAAACACCUCUCUGAGAAGGUAGAGGAGUGCCAGUCCGCUGUAGAGAGCAUCCAGUGUUCUCUCAGUAAUGUUGACGCGUCACACCCGAAGGCAGAAGAGCAGAUACAGCUUAUGUGUGACGAUCUGAAGGCUCAGGAGGAGCAGGCUGAGGCCACACUGAAGGAGGUUGGUUUGGUUUCCAGUGUGGCCAGCCCUCAGGGGAUGGAGCCGCUGUCUGUAGACUGCAGCAGGCUGAAGGACACGAUCUCCCGCACCAAGGACAUGAUCCACCUGAAGAGAGAGGAGAGAGACAAAGGCCUGCUCGAGGUUAUCAAAGAUGAAAAGCAGUUGUUUGAGGAAUGGUUCCAAAACUUGCAGCUGUCCGUCAAUGAGUGCUUUGAGCACCCUGAGAGCCGAGCAGAUGUGGAGACAUCCCUGCAAAGACUCGCCGGUUUCUUAAAAUCCAAGGAUGCAGAGAAACGUCUGGAGCAGCUGAAAGGCCAGCUGCAGAGAGGCAGCCGGCAGGUUCCUCCCCAGCAGCUCUCCGAGUUCACCGACUGGCUGAAGGAGCAGCAGAAGGAGGUGGACACGUUCAGAACACACUGCCACAACAGGCGGAAACAAAUGGAGCCACUCCUCAGUGACCUGAUCAGUCUGCAGAAGCAACACGAUAGCUUCCGUGAGUGGCUGCAGUACAAAGAGAAACUAUCUGUGGAGACGGACAAAGUCAAACCUUUUCUCAAAGACCUUCAGAAUGAGAGUGGGAGAGCUGAGACCCUCGGCGAGCUUUUAGCAUCAGUACGCAAACAAGGUGUCCGAGCUGAGAGCCUCCUGAAGAACGGUGAUAACUUGAUACAGCGCUACAGAAACCUGGAAGGCAGGUUGCAGAAGCAGGCAGACGCCCAGAGCGCGCUGGACGGGGAAUUUGACAAGUUUAAUGUUCAGGCUGAGAGCACCAGGACCUGGAUAAGUGACCUUGUGCAGCCCGUCACCUCCACUGGCAACCAGACAGAGGAGAUGAAGCACAAAGCACAGGCCAUCCUGAGCUCCAAACCCGAGGGAGACUCUAAAGUGAACAACCUGAGAAGGCAAAGUGAAAGUAUGUGUGAGCAGGAGGACCUGGAGGAGAGCAAGAAGCAGGCGGUUCAGCAGUCGGUCAGAGAAACAGAGGAGCAGUGGAGGACGGCUCUGCAGACCGCUGAGCAGAACCUCAACAAGGUGGACAAACGAGCCCUGUUGGAUAAGGAUUUAGACGCUGUCAAAGCCCAGAAUGAAAAUGUUCAGUCCUGGAUCAGAGACCAGGAGCAGAACAUGCAGUCUCUUGGUGGCUGCAUGCAAGUUGAAGAAAAGCUCCAGAUUGCACAAGCCACUCUGAACUCCAAACCUGAUGGAGAUUCAAAGCUCCAGGAUCUGAAGCGACAAUGCCAGAGAGACGAAGAGGUUCAGGGCGCAGUCAGACAGACGGAGGAGCAGUGGAGGGAAGUCUUGCAAGUUGCUGAGAAGGGACUCAAAAGGGCGGAGACUGAAGCUUCCACUGGAAAGGACUUCGAUGCUUUCAAAACCCAAAAUGAAAGCGUCCAGUCCUGGAUCAACGAGCAGAAGCAGAAGCUGUUGUCCGUCACUAGUCACAUACCGUUUGAUGAAAGGUUACAGAUCGUGAAGGCUGUUAUGACCUCCAAACCUGAGGGAGAGUCCAAGGUGCUCGACCUGAAGACACAGGGCGAACGACUGCGGGAGCAUCUGGAGGAGAGCAGGAAAGCAGAGGUUCAGCAGUUUGUAAAAGACAGGGAGCAGCAGUGGAGGACAGUCCUGCAGGCCGCCAGGCAGGCAGAGCUCCGAAGCCUUUCAGAAGACUUCGACACUCAGAGUAAAAACACUCAGUCCUGGAUCAGAGACAGACAGCAGAAGCUCCAGGCUCUGGGCAGCCACACACCACCUGACGAGAGAUGUCACGCUGCUGGGGACAUCUUGAGCUCCAAACCUGAAGGUGACUGUACCGUGAACAACCUGAGGCGGCGAGGCCAGAGUCUGUGUGACCAUCAGGAUGCAGACCAGGGCAGGAAAGUCCAUGUUCAGAAGACAAUCAGAGACACAGAGGAGCAGUGGAAGACAGUGCUGCAGGCUGCUAAACAGGUCGAAGCUAAAGCUGAUGUCCAAUACUCGCUCUCCAAGGAACUGGAGGCCUUCCGCACCAAAGCAGGCAGCACCAACACCUGGGUUCAGAAGCUGCAGCAACAAGCCAAGACCAAGGGCAGCGGCACUCAGGGCAGCCGCGCUGAGAUAGAGGACAGGCUGAACACUGCACAGAGCAUCUUGAGCUCCAAGUCAAAGGGAGAGGCUCAAGUGAUGGAGCUGAAGAGACGAGCGCAGAGUCUAUGUGAGCAAGAAGACCUGCCGGGAGACAAGAAGCUGGAGGUUCAGAAGACGGUCGCAGACACGGAGCAGCAGUGGAAGACGGUGCUGCAGGCUGCUGAGGAGACACAGAGGCAGUUGAAGGGUGUUGUGGAGCGCCUGGUGUCCUGUCAGUACCAGCGAGGCCAGGCUGAGGCCCGUCUGUCUGAGUUCCAGAAGCAGACGUCCGGCCUGCCGCGUGUCUUCCCCUGGCCGGGCCUGGGAGAGCGGAGGCAGACGGUGGAACAGGCCCGCACCCUGCUGGACAAGAGUGCAGCUUUGGCCCCUGUCCUCUCAAACCUCCGUACACAGGCUUCAGAGCUGUUUGAGAUCACACAGGACCGUGACUGGACAGAUCCCUCCUGGGCAGCCAAGGAAGAGUCCAUCCCUGCUCUGCUGAAAGAGCUAACUGAUGCAGUGGGUAACCUGGAGCAGGGCAUCCUGACAGAGAGGCAGUGCACCCAGCUGGUGGAGCAGCAUGUAGCAGCCCAGGAUUGGCUGAGGGAGCAUGUUAAAGGUCUGCGAGCUCCUCCAGUGGACAGACAGGGUCUACACAGCACUGUCAUCACUCUGAAGGCUUUACUCCAGACAUUGGACAGGGAGCAGAGGGAGAUGAAGGAGCUGAACUCUGCCAGAGACAGUUUGCUGAGCCUCUGCUCCCCCGGAGGUCGCGAUGCCCUGACCCUGGAGGUCAGCCAUCUCCACGACCUCUGUGCCACCUCGGAGCAGGAGGUGAGGGAGCGCCUGGCGGCCUGUGAGACGCGGCUUGAGGAGUUGGACAGUCAGCUGGCCAAGAGGGCCCAGGGGCUGAAGGAGAGAGCUGCAGCCCUGCAGUGGGAGCUCCGCUCUCUGGAUCAGGCGCUCAGUUACAGCAAACCACACAACAACAUCCCUCAGCUCCAACAGCACUGGCACAGCCUUCAGAACUGUGAAAAAUCACUAAAAGAUGUGGGUGUGAAAACUCAUGACCUUCACCAGGAAGUUGUGGCUACACCUGCCACUGACGAGCUGCCAGCAGAAAUCCUGACUGUGGUGAAUUCCUUAUGCCAGCAGCAUGACAGUCUAAAGUCCAGGCUGAGUGAGCGUCAGGGUUCCACCUCCACCUCCACAGCUCACUGUCUGAUGGACUGUCUUCACGCCCUGCAGGAAUGGAACCACAGCAAACCACCAGAGUCCAUUUCUUCUGUGCAGGUGAAAUUAGAGGAAGGUGAAAAGUUGCAGGCCGGCCUACGGGAGGCGCUUUCUCACCAGCAGUUUGUAAGAGACUGUUUGAAGCCAGACUUGGCUGAGAAACUGGAGCGAGAUUGUUCAGAGACACUCAUAGAAGCAGGCACACAUAAGGCUUCUCUCAUCAAGAGCUUAAAGAAACUUGAUGGAAAGAGUAAGCAAAAGCUGCCUGACGUCCUUCAUGGUAAUCUAGAGGAGACAAAGACAUCUGCAGUGGCACCACCUCGAAAAAGCAAACACUUACCUGAGCAAAAACAUCAAGUGGUCAGAGCACCAACUGAAAUAACUGUUGUGGAAAAAGGAAAGCUUUCCCCAACCAAAAGCCAGGAGCUGACAAAGGAAGAACCUGCCAGUCAGAAGCCAUCUUCAACUCCAGAGGUGGUCACAGCACCAACUAAAAUUGCUGUUUUGGAAAAAGGUCAACUUUCACCAACUAAAAGAAGGUCCAAGGGCCUGAAACUUUCCCCAGAACAACCUACCACAGAGCUGACAAAGACCAAGGAAGAGCCUGACCGUCACAAACCAUCUUCAACUCCAGAGGUGGUCAGAGCACCAACUGAAAUAACUGUUGUGGAAAAAGGAAAGCUUUCCCCAACCAAAAGCCAGGAGCUGACAAAGGAAGAACCUGCCAGUCAGAAGCCAUCUUCAACUCCAGAGGGGGUCACAGCACCAACUAAAAUUGCUGUUUUGGAAAAAGGUCAACUUUCACCAACUAAAAGAAGGUCCAAGGGCCUGAAACUUUCCCCAGAACAACCUACCACAGAGCUGACAAAGACCAAGGAAGAGCCUGACCGUCACAAACCAUCUUCAACUCCAGAGGUGGUCAAAGCACCAACUGAAAUAACUGUUGUGGAAAAAGGAAAUCUUUCACCAACCAAAAGUCAAUCAAAGGGUCAGGAGUUGGCAAAGACAAAGGAAGUGCCUGCCAGUCAGAAGACCUCUUCAACUCCAGAGGUGGUCAGAGCACCAACUGAAAUAACUGUUGUGGAAAAAGGAAAGCUUUCCCCAACCAAAAGCCAGGAGCUGACAAAGACAAAGGAAGAACCUGCCAGUCAGAAGCCAUCUUCAACUCCAGAGGGGGUCACAGCACCAACUGAAAUUGCUGUUGUGGAAAAAGGUCAACUUUCAGCAACUAAAAGAAGGUCCAAGGGCCUGAAACUUUCCCCAGAACAACCUACCACAGAGCUGACAAAGACCAAGGAAGAGCCUGACCAUCAUAAACCAUCUUCAACUCCAAAGGUGGUCACAGCACCAAUCAAAAUUGCUGUUGUGGAUAAAGACAAUUUUUCACCAACCAAAAGUCAGUUGAAGGGUCAGGAGCUGACAAAGACUAAGGAAGAGUCUGCCGAUCAGAAGCCAUCCUCAACUCCAGAGGUGGUCACAGCAACCACUAAAAUUACUGUUGUGGAAAAAGGUCAACUUUCACCAACUAAAAGAAGGUCCAAGGGCCUGAAACUUUCCCCAGAACAACCUACCACAGAGCUGACAAAGACCAAGGAAGAGCCUGACCGUCACAAACCAUCUUCAACUCCAGAGGUGGUCAAAGCACCAACUGAAAUAACUGUUGUGGAAAAAGGAAAUCUUUCACCAACCAAAAGUCAAUCAAAGGGUCAGGAGUUGGCAAAGACAAAGGAAGUGCCUGCCAGUCAGAAGACCUCUUCAACUCCAGAGGUGGUCAGAGCACCAACUGAAAUAACUGUUGUGGAAAAAGGAAAGCUUUCCCCAACCAAAAGCCAGGAGCUGACAAAGACAAAGGAAGAACCUGCCAGUCAGAAGCCAUCUUCAACUCCAGAGGGGGUCACAGCACCAACUGAAAUUGCUGUUGUGGAAAAAGGUCAACUUUCACCAACUAAAAGAAGGUCCAAGGGCCUGAAACUUUCCCCAGAACAACCUACCACAGAGCUGACAAAGACAAAUGAAGUGCCUGCCAGUCAGAAGCCAUCUUCAACUCCAGAGGUGGUCAGAGCACCAACUGAAAUAACUGUUGUGGAAAAAGGAAAGCUUUCCCCAACCAAAAGCCAGGAGCUGACAAAGACAAAGGAAGAACCUGUCAGUCAGAAGCCAUCUUCAACUCCAGAGGUGGUCACAGCACCAACUGAAAUAACUGUUGUGGAAAAAGGUCAACUUUCACCAACCAAAAGUCAAUCAAAGGGUCAUGAGCUGACAAAGACAAAGGAAGUGCCUGCCAGUCAGAAGCCAUCCUUCAACUCCAGAGAGCUGACAAAGACCAAGGAAGAGCCUGACCGUCACAAACCAUCUUCAACUCCAGAGGUAGUCACAGCAUCAACUAAAAUUACUGUUGUGGAAAAAGGAAAUCUUUCACCAACCAAAAGUCAAUCAAAGGGUCAGGAGUUGGCAAAGACAAAGGAAGUGCCUGCCAGUCAGAAGCCGUCUUCAACUCCAGAGGUGGUCACAGCACCAACUGAGAUAACUGUUGUGGAAAAAGGUCAACUUUCACCAACUAAAAGAAAGUCAAAGGGUUUUAAACUUUCCCCAGAACAAGCUACCACAGAGCUGACAAAGACCAAGGAAGAGCCUGACCGUCAUAAAUCAUCUUCAACUCCAGAGGUGGUCACAGCACCAACUGAAAUUGUUGUUGUUGAAAAAGAUCAACUUUCACCAACGAAAAAAAAGGGCCUGACACUUUACCCAGAACAAGCUACCACAGAGAUGACAAAGACCAAGGAAGACCAAGAAACUGCAAAGGAGAGCCAAACUACGGCUAAGAACGUCAGUCCAGUAUGUGAGAAGUUUACUAUUCAGGUUAGUGGCACCAUUCAGGAGCGCCAAGGAAAGAAAGUGGCCACUGUCAUUCUCGACACAUUGGCGCAGCCUUGUAAGGCAGAGACCAAAUUUUCCAAAAUAAGCUCAUCUGUGCAGGACAUAAUGAAACCAAGUGGAACUGUGAGUCAGCUGAAACUCACACAGGAAAGACCCAAAGAAGAUAAGGAUUAUGAUGUCCAGAAAGAGCAUGGUAUGCACGAUGUACCCAAGAGCAUGGAUGAAAAGUCUGUAAGGAUGGAGAAAACCCACAUGGAGCCUCAAGUUCGCACCCUACAACUAGAUAUACCAACCAGUCUGGAGAAGGAUGAAAACGCUUCAGUCAGUGCUAAAGUGUCAACAAAAGACGUGCAUGAUUCACCCAUGAGCCUUGAUGAAAAGUCUGUUAGGAUGGAUGAAGUCCACAUUUUACAACCUGGUACACAGGCCACUAUAAAGGAGCAUGUAAUCACAUCUAUAACAAUAGCACAGGCACCAAGGAUUGAUAAAGAUCAGACAAGUAUCCAGGGCAAAAGAAUGCCAGAAAACAAAGACCUGACUUCAGCUGAUGUUCAGGCAGAAAAGGCUGCAGUCAAGAUGACCAUCGCCGAAGAUAAGACCAAGGUAAAACCCAAAGAGGUCGAGGAUCAUGACGUGAAGGAAAUGCCUACCAAAGUAUCGACAAAAGAUGUGCAGGAUGCUCCUCAGGGCCUGGAUGAAAAGUCUGUUAGUAUGGAGAAAAUCCGCGAAGGGACUGAAAUGCGCAUUUUACAACCAGGUACACAGGCCACUAUAAAGGAGCAUGAAAUCACAUCUGUUACAAUGGCAAAAACAGCAAGGAUUGAUAAAGAUCAAACGCGUAUUCUGGGGGGAAAAGGGCGAGAAAACAAAGACCUGACUUCAGCUGAUGUUCAGCCAGAAAAGGCUGCAGUCAAGAUGACCAUGGCCGAACUGAAGACCAAGGAAAAACCCAAAGAGGUCAAGGAUCAUGACGGGCAAGAAGUGCAUACUAAAGUGUCUGCAAAGGACGUGCAGGAUGCACCUCAGGGCCUGGAUGAAAAGUCUCACAUGCCUGUUACAAUGGCAAAAACGGCAAAGAUUGAUAAAGAUCAAACAAGUACUCAGGGCAAAAAAGUGCCAGAAAACAAAGACCUGACUUCAACUGAUGUUCAGCCAGAAAAGGCUGCAGUCAAGAUGACCAUGGCCGAACUGAAGACCAAGGAAAAACCCAAAGAGGUCAAGGAUCAUGACGGGCAAGAAGUGCAUGCUAAAGUGUCUGCAAAGGACGUGCAGGAUGCACCUCAGGGCCUGGAUGAAAAGUCUGUUAGUAUGGCGAAAAUCCGCGAAGGGACUGAAAUGCGCAUUUUACAACCAGGUACACAGGCCACUAUAAAGGAGCAUGAAAUCACAUCUGUUACAAUGGCAAAAACAGCAAGGAUUGAUAAAGAUCAAACGCGUAUUCUGGGGGAAAAAGGGCGAGAAAACAAAGACCUGACUCCAGCUGAUGUUCAGCCAGAAAAGGCUGCAGUCAAGAUGACCAUGGCCGAACUGAAGACCAAGGAAAAACCCAAAGAGGUCAAGGAUCAUGAUGGGCAAGAAGUGCAUGCUAAAGUGUCUGCAAAGGACGUGCAGGAUGCACCUCAGGGCCUGGAUGAAAAGUCUGUUAGUAUGGCGAAAAUCCGCGAAGGGACUGAAAUGUGCAUUUUACAGCCAGGUACACAGGCCACUAUAAAGGAGCAUGAAAUCACAUCUGUUACAAUGGCAAAGAUUGAUAAAGAUCAAACAAGUACGCAGGGCAAAAAAGUGCCAGAAAACAAAGACCUGACUUCAACUGAUGUUCAGCCAGAAAAGACUGCAGUCAAGAUGACCAUGGCCGAACUGAAGACCAAGGAAAAACCCAAAGAGGUCAAGGAUCAUGACGGGCAAGAAGUGCAUGCUAAAGUGUCUGCAAAGGACGUGCAGGAUGCACCUCAGGGCCUGGAUGAAAAGUCUGUUAGUAUGGAGAAAAUCCGCGAAGGGACUGAAAUGCGCAUUUUACAACCAGGUACACAGGCCACUAUAAAGGAGCAUGAAAUCACAUCUGUUACAAUGGCAAAAACAGCAAGGAUUGAUAAAGAUCAAACGCGUAUUCUGGGGGAAAAAGGGCGAGAAAACAAAGACCUGACUCCAGCUGAUGUUCAGCCAGAAAAGGCUGCAGUCAAGAUGACCAUGGCCGAACUGAAGACCAAGGAAAAACCCAAAGAGGUCAAGGAUCAUGAUGGGCAAGAAGUGCAUGCUAAAGUGUCUGCAAAGGACGUGCAGGAUGCACCUCAGGGCCUGGAUGAAAAGUCUGUUAGUAUGGCGAAAAUCCGCGAAGGGACUGAAAUGUGCAUUUUACAGCCAGGUACACAGGCCACUAUAAAGGAGCAUGAAAUCACAUCUGUUACAAUGGCAAAAACGGCAAAGAUUGAUAAAGAUCAAACAAGUACGCAGGGCAAAAAAGUGCCAGAAAACAAAGACCUGACUUCAACUGAUGUUCAGCCAGAAAAGACUGCAGUCAAGAUGACCAUGGCCGAACUGAAGACCAAGGAAAAACCCAAAGAGGUCGAGGAUCAUGACUUGCAAGAAGUGCAUGCUAAAGUGUCUGCAAAGGACGUGCAGGACGCACCUCAGGGCCUGGAUGAAAAGUCUGUUAAGUCUUCAGUUAAGAUGACCAGGAUAGAAGUAAGAGAAAGCUUUACCGAAUCCCUAUCUGAAACCAGUGUAGUCCCUAGCGCCCUAAUGGAGAGACAAACAGCAGAUGCAAAGGAAAAUAAUAAGGAAGAACAGAAGGAGGGGAAGAAGAGGACAACACAGGAAGAGGAAAGGGAAAAGAUGGUCAAGGCAGAAAUUCAAAAUGUUCCACCCCCAAUGGCCACAACCACUGCUGUAGUGAAGCCUCUAAGAAUGGAUGCGCUACAGGUGUACAAGGCUGACAAGUUAUCACUCGCAUCACUGCAGGCAGUUCAGAAAUCUUCAACUGGUGUUCUCUUGAGUGAGGUAACCCUGGUGGGAGGAUUGUCCUCUGGGGAAAACAAAGCUCAAGCAGAUGCAAGGUCUGCGAAGACUGAGAAACCUGUUCUGAAGAUACCAGAAGGAUCUGCCAUGAGGAACAUCUUCACAGGAAUACAGCUACUCUCAGGGACAGGACCCAACAGUCAACUCUCUGAGGGUAAACCACUGGAAAGUGCUCCAGAGGCUCUGAUUACAUCCACCAGUGAUCUGGAGAACCAUCUAAGCAGGCUGGUGUCUAAAGUCCUGAGCUGCAAGAACUACCCAGCUGAGCUCAGCCCUACUGCAAUGGCCCAGCAGCUGAAAAAGGCUCAGGAGUGCCGCGACACUGCCCAAGCACAAGUGUCAUUGCUCUCUCAGUUGAGAGCAGCUGAUGCUGAGAACAAGGAUGCUCUGGAGCAUGUGGAGGACCAGUGGAGCACUGCUGUUCACGAUGCAUCUGCUGUCAUCCAGAGUAAAGACGCACAGCUGCAGCUGGUCAAUGAUUAUUGCAGACAGACCCAAGCAGCCAAGACCACGCUGGAGAGACUGACAACAGAACUGGAGGCUGUCAGAAAGUCCCCAGAGGAGAGCAGCUCCAAGGAGACAGCGCGACUCUGCGCCUUACAGAGAAGUAUGGAGGAGAACAGAACAGUACUUGGCGAGUUGCUCGUGACUCAGACCAAGUUGUGCCCCCACCUCAGCUGGUCUGAUCGAGCAACCGCACAGACUGAGCAGAAGAACAUACAAGAGAAUUGGAGAGGCCUGGAAAGAGCUGUGGAGAGGAACUUGUAUCACACAAAUGUCCAUUCUCACGACACCAGCAGCCUUCUGUCUGCGAUAUCAGGUCUUCAGGAAUGUUUGCAGACAAUCGACAAAGACCUUGAGCCCAAGUCUCCUUCAGUUACUCAGUGGAACUGCAAGAAGGCUCAGCAGCUGAUGUCUGCAAAUGCUGAGGUUAAAGCUGCCCAGCAGAAAUACCUUUAUUUGCAGCAGCUGUCAGAGGCGCUACUCCCCAGCUCACAGAGGGAGAAGGAUACGACAGAGAUACAGCAGGGGCUUCAGAGGGUCCAAGACCAACUUUGCCACACAGAGGAACUAGUGUCCACUCAAACUCAGAACAGCAGCAACCCCAUCAUGGAGAAAAUUAUCGUGGUGAUGAGGGAUGGCCUUUCCUGGGCGAAGCAGACAGAGAGUGACAUUGAAGGCAGGAGGAGGAGGGUGGCUCUCCUCCCUGAGGAGGUGCACCGGCAGCUCAGAGAUCUGAAAAAGCUGCAGUCUGAGGUCAUGGCCAAACAGGGCCAACUGGAGUUGCUGGUGGAGGAGGUGACAGAGCUCCUUCCACAGCUGGACCAAGCUGAGGAGGUGCCGAUGGUGCACUCCUCUCUGCAAUCCCUUCAAGAACUCUCAAAGUCGACUACUGAGAAGCUAGCCAAGGCUGUGAGAGAGAUGGAGUCAGGACUGCAGACCAGAGAAAAGCUGUCGGAGCAGAUCGCUGACAUCGACUCCUGGGUUUUGGCUCAUCUCCAUAGAGAGGCUUCCAGGUGUCCAGACAGUGAGCUCAGGAGACCGGCUGAACUUGACCGCAGAGUUCGUCAGAUCCAAGAGACCCUGGGUGAGGCUGAGAAGCAGGCUGCUGUCUGUGAGGCUCUUUUAAUGAAGAGUAAAGACAUUGCCACUGAGCUCAACAUCACAGAGAACUGUCAGCUUUUUGAUAAGCUAACCAACCUCCAGGAGGACACCAGAGCCAUCAGCAGCCACGAGAAGGCCAUCAAAAAGGAGCUGGAAGAACUCACCCAGAAUGUAGAUUUGAGCAAGAAGAACCUGGUCACCAUUGAAACAAGCCUGAGGCAGAUGUUAGUAGAUCUGAGUAGACACAGGUUCCCCAUCACGAGCGAGUCCCUGCAAGCUUUGGAGCCUUUCAAACACGUGAUUUUGGAGCACAAGUCCCAGGUUGACCUUCUGCAACCGUGGAUUCCCCAGGAAAAGACAAGGGUACUGUACUCUGUCAUUUCUGAACUUCUCAGCAAAAUGGUCACCCUGGAAUUGAAAGCCAAAGGUCAUGAGAAAUACCUGAACCAGAGGCAGUGUGUGGAGGACCUCAGGGAGAGCGUUCAGGAGCAAGUCGGUCACACCAAAGACGACAGCAGGGCGCUGGAGGACAAGUACAAAGUCUGUCAGACCCUCCUCAUACAGCUUCCUCUCAUAAAGUAUAUGUCUGAGGAGGCAGGCACUAAACUCCAGAUGAUCUCCGCUGACCUUUACCCCUCGCAGCUGAGCACAGAGCGACAGAGACUGAAAGAAAACAAUGGGAGCCUUAACGACUUGGAGAGGACGCUCUACAACAACCUCAGCAUCAUCGAGUGGAACCUGCUGAAGGAACUGGACCUCGACUCAGAGAAGGCAGCCACGAAGGCCUUCCUCGGGAAGACCCAGCAGGAGCUCCAGGCAGACCCCAUGUUGGAGCCAAAUGAAACUGUAAUUAACAACGAAUACCAAAGAGUCAUAUCAUUGAAAAAGACUGUAGAGUCAAGAAUGAGAGCGCUGGAAGUCCUUGAGCAAAAGAAAGGAAACGGAAAUGGAUCCCAAGAUGUGAUGGACUUGAAGAGUUUGGUCCUCAGUGAAUGUGACUCACAAAUGGAGAACAUCUCCCAGGCCAAGGUGUCCCUGAGAGGCUACACAUGUGCUGUUACACAAGCAGCACAAUUUUUGAGGGACAUCGAGGUCACCCUGCUGCCCCAGCAGGGCUCUGCUGGACUCUGCUCUGAAAGGCUGGAGGAGACCCAGAAGGCUUUGGCCUCGCUAACGCAGCAGUUUCAGGUCCACGUGGAGAAGCUCCAGAACCAGGUUGACCUCCAUCCUUACCUGUCCGCCCAGAAGUUGGAGCAGCUCCAGGAGAAUAUUCUGAGCCAGCUCCUGGUGAGGAUGUCCACUCUCCAGGCACAGGGCCACAUACGACUGGAGUGUCUCAACAGUUGUGUAGAACAUCACAGAGAAUACACCAAGAGCCAAGAUGAAAUCCUCCAGAGUGUGAAGAGCGCAGAGAACCACCUCUCACAGUUCACCCGUCAUAAGGUCACCUGUCUCGCUGACUGCACUGACCAGCAAACCAGACUUGGAGUUCUGUCUGAGGAGGUGGAGUUCCUGCAGAGGCGUCUGGAGGAGCUGAAGGAGUGGUGCCCAGAGCAGAGCUGCCAUGGAGGCAGGUUGGCCACCGUAGCUGCGGUCUGGAAACGCAUAUCAAGACUACGUCGCUGCACACGAGAGCUGACGACUCGCAGUAAACAGAGGAUCACAGAAUGGAGCGAAAUCACCAACAGCGUGGAGAAGACCACCGCUCUCCUGGAGCAGGUGGAGGCGGAGCAUCCUGAUGGCUCCCGGAUGAAGGCCUCCACGGAGGACCUUCAGGACCUGUUGCAGUCCUGGGAACAGUACCAGGACAGACUGGACUGCGAACAUCGAGCCCUGUCCGCACUAGAACUGCGCACUGCCAGGCUGCUGGGCGUCCCCGCCCACCUGGAGCAGGCUCCCGCAGCUCCGCUCUGCCAGCAGCUGCAAGCGAUGCAGGGUCGAUACGUCGGUGUGAAGCAGAGGAGCAGGGAGGGUUUGAAGGCAGCCAGGAGGGAACUGCAGGAGAGAGAGAAGGUUUGUGAGGAGAUGCAGGGCGUCCGGGUGUGGCUGGAGGCUGCAGAUGGUCUUCUGUCAGAGAUGCAGCAGAGCAGAAGCACGGAGGAGCUUCAGGAGGUUCACAGCCAGCUGUGUAACCAGAAGGCUUUGCUGCAGCGCAUCAUGGAGAGCCUGAAGAUGAAAUACUCCGACAUGUGCACUCGGGUCCCGGUGGAGAUCGAAGGCCAGCUGCAGGAGGUCACACAAUCGCUGCAGCAAGUAGAAGUAAAGGUGGGAGAGGCGGUGGAGAAGAGCGGUCCCGUCCACAGGCUCGGGGCAAAGAUGUCUGAGAUCCAGGCCGGCCUGAUGUCGGUUCAGAAAAGACUUGAACAGAGAAGCCCCAACGUGACUCAAGCAAAGUUCACUCAGAAGCGUGUGUGGGAUGAGUUGGACGUGUGGCACUCGUGUCUGGCGGCGCUGGAGGUGGACAUGCAGGACCUGGAGAAGCCACAGGAGGCGCUAACGCUCACUGAGAGACUUGUGGAGGUGCAGCAGCUCCACUCCAACCUGGCCAAACAGGCGGAGCAGAGGACAACCCUCAUCAGCAAGAUCCCAACGUGGCUUCAGCAACAUCAGGAGAUGAUCAGCAGCUCUAACAGCUGGAGGGUUGAGGCCAAGUCGUGGCUCGCCACCCCCUGCACCUACACCACGGCUAAAUGUCUGAGCAGCCAUGUUCACACUCUGCAGAUGGUGUUGGAUGACUCGGCACAGAUCCGAACGACUCUGCAGGGCUUCAGCUCGGUCUUGAACGAAAUGUCGCAGGUUUGCGACGUCACAACUCUCCAGGAACAACUGGUCGAAACCGAUCAGCAAGUGGCCACCGUGCAAGACGGCUUCACUGUUCCUCUGUCUCACCUGGGCCACGCUGCUGACGAGGUGGAGGCCAUUGAGACUGAAGUCAGGCGGAUGGAGAGUGAUGUGGCUGAGAUCAAGACGGUAUUAUCGUCUCCAGAGACUUUCCCCAGUCCCAGAGAAGAAAGCCUCAAGGUUGUUGAGCAGAAGAUCCUGACCAUGAGGAGAACUGUAGCUGAGAUCCAGAAGUGUAAACCCGGCCUCUGUCUUCCAGAGAACGCUGAAGAGACUCUGAUCGUCUUUACUGUCGUGGACCAGCUCCAGACUCUGCUGCUGGAACUGGAGAAGAAGAUCCCUGCACUGUUCAUCCAGCAGCCUCUGACUCCGGUCCAAACCAAAGCUCUGUCUCUUCAGCAGAUGACCUCUGGGCCUCAACUUCUGAAAUCCACUUCAGAGGAUGCUGAGAAGGAAGACAAAGAAAAGGGUCACAUCCGAAUUGUCCACGUUAAAGAGGACGUUCUGCAGCAGUCUGGAGCGUCGCUGCAGACUGUGGAGCAGUCCUCGCCUGAACAGAGACAGUCCCCUGAAUGGACUCAGAGGGAGCAUCAAGGAGUGCUCCAGGCUGAAGAAGCCAGGGAGAGAGAAGGGAGUGAGGAGCAGAGAGUGGAAGAAGGUGGAGCAGGUGUUUUAUGGUGGCUCUGGGAUGCUUUCCUGGCUGCUUCGCCAGAGGUACCUUUGGGUAUCCCAGAUGAGUCUGAAGGUUCCACUGAUCAGAGCAGAGAAGACAGACAGGAUGUUGAGCGCCCCACUGACACCCCAGAAGCAAGUUCGUCUGAAGCUUUAUCAAAACCCCUCGGCACAGUCAAAACUCAGUCACUGCCUGAGAGCAUGGUAAACACAACCUCCACCAUAGACGUCUCCAAAUCCUCCUCCGGGCCUGAGCGGAGAUGUGUAAUCUCUGCCCCGGAGGAGCCCCGGACCGGGCCCCGUGAAGGUGUCCUCCAUGUGUGCCUGGAGAGGGUGGGCCAGCUGGAGCUGUGGCUGCAGAAAGCCCAGAGGAGCCUGGUAGCUGCGGGUUCCUACACCAUGCAGGACAGCGUAGAGCGGCAACUCCUCACCUGCCAGGAGAUGUUCCUGGAGAUCGAGCAGAGGGUUGCCGGCAUGUCGGCUGAGCAGCAGCAGCAGCAGCAGGAGGAAGCGGCGGAGCUGCUCUCCUCCAAACUGGAGCUCCUGAAGACCAACCUGGUCUCCUUCCAGCAGCUGCUGCAGGACAGACAGGGGGAGGACAGGACCCACACAGAGACACAGAAGUCGGUUCCUCAGCCAGAGCUCCACCCGGAGUCUAAGUUACAGCGCAGCAACAGCGUUCAGGAGAUCUUCUCCUCCCCGAGAAACAAACUGCUCAGACAGAGCAGCCUGCAGCAGCAGAAGGAGUUGGAGCAGGAGCUGACUGAGCAGAGAGGACUGACUCAGGCCAUCGCCCUGCAGGGCAGCAGAGCUCGACUCCACAGCCAGGACGCAGAGGAGCCAGCGUGGCCUCCUGCUGAGGCUGAUGUGCAGGAGAGCUCUGCUCAGGAGAAGUGGGAGGGUCUUCACAGCCGGCUGCUGGCUCUGGAGGAGAGCUGGCUGCUCCCUCCCUCUGAGGUGACAGACUCAUCUAUGAGGCGUAGUGAUGGAACAGCAGGAAGCAUAAUUGGCACACAAACCCUGAAAGAGCUCCAAACUCACAUCCUCCACCUGAGAGAGGUGGGACUCGCAGCGACGGAGCCUUUGGUUCAGGCCUCCCCUGAGGACGCCUCCCCUGAGGACGCCUCCCCUGAGGACGCCUCCCCUGAGGACGCCUCCCAUCAGACGCUGGACGAGCGUUUGUUUCAUGUGCUGCAUGGAGCGUCCCUGUCCCUGUCCUCCAUCAACCACCUGCUGCACUCGCCUGCUGGGACGACACAUGGAGACACACGGCUGCUGCAGCUGCAGAGUCUGUCCGCAGAGCUGGCUCCCCUCGGCAGUGAGCUGGCCUCUCAGGGUUCAAAGGUCAGCCGUGUCCUGGGGUCGGAGUGUGGUCAGCGGUGUGUCGAUGAUCUGUGCAGAGUUCUCUCUGUGGUCCAGGCUGCACUGAGCAGCAGAGAGAAGCAGCUCACACACCUGCAGGAGGAGAUUGCACAGCGACAGAUGCAACUAAAUGAGUUGCAUGCAGCCUUCACUUCUAACCAGGCGACGGUUCACCAAAAUAUUAAUGAAUUCAGUGGGACUCACAACAAACAACUACAGGCUGUGGUUCGGAUGCAGGAGUCUCUGCAGCAGCAGGUGGAGCAGGUGAGCUCCCUGCUGGAGGACCGACACCACCUGCCGGCCUCUCUCAUCCAGCAGGCCUCACAGCUGCAGGGUGAGCUGGACAGUUCCCUGCGUGGUGUUCACUCCCGCGGUGAGGAGCUGAGGAACAGUGUGGAGCUGCAGCAGCAGUAUGAGCGGCUGGUCCACAGCCUGGAGGAGCUGCUCGCUCUGGGCUCCGAACGUGUCGCGCAGCAGCCCGACGCGGAGCUCCGUAACAGAGCUCAGCUCCAGCAGCAGCUCAGCAGUCACACGAAGUUCUUCCAGUUCUUGGGCCAUCAUUUAAGAAUCCUGCAGGAUCUGACCCCGAGAGUCCCAGAGAGCGCCCUCCAGAGGUGGGAGGGUGUAGUGAUGGCGCUGCAGGGCGAGGGGGCCCGGCUGCAGCAGCGUGGGCUGGAGAAAGGAACCAGGAUGCAGGAAACAUUACAGGUGUGGUGCCGGUUGGAGGAGGACAGCUCCUGGUCAGACUCCCUGCUGAGAGCCAUUGAGACUUCAUUUCCCAAGAUGCAUGAGGGGGGUGAUUCUGAGGAGCAGAUAUCAGAGAAGCUCUCUGUCUACCAGAAACUGCGCGGCGUGCUGGAGGAGAACAAAGCGCGGUUCAGUGGAACACUGGAGGCGGGGCUCUGGCUGCAGGCGGCGGGCUGUAGAGAAGCGGGCGUGGUGACCGGCGAGCUGGAGGCACGCUGGAGAGCCCUGCACAAGAAGGUGGAACACCAACGCACCCAAGUAGACAGGAACAGGAAGCUGAGGAGCAGGUUUCUUGGUGAUUCUGCUGUCCUGUGUGACUGGAUGUGUCGGGCCGGAGAGCGGAUGAACAAAUGCAGUGAGCUCUGUGUUUCUGAGGAGGAGACGGAUGUGGAACAGAGGCGUCAUCACUACCUCCAGUUUGUGGCUUUUACCAAAGAGUUGGAGGCCAAGUCUGCCCUGAAGGUGUCUGUAAUCGGGGCUGGAUCCCAGCUGGUGCACCUUAGGGAAGAGGACGGAGACAAAGAGACUUCAGAUCUCUGCUCCAUCCACGCCCAGCUCAGACAGACGGAGCUGGACUGGUCCAGUCUUCUGGUCCAAGUUCCUGUCGUCCAACAAGCUCUGCAUAAGCGAUGGAUGCAGAUGUUGAGCCAGCAGGGGGCGCUGCUGGAGCUGCAGGCCUGGCUGGGAGCUACUGAGUCCCGGCUGGAGGAGCAUCGCAGCAAAACCAACCAAAGCUCCACCAACACUGAUCUGAGUCAGCUCCUGAAAUACUGCAAGGAGUGUCAGACGGAGGUUUCGGCCCAUCAGGCCACACUGGACUACGUGAGCCAGCCGUUGCACACCUGCAGUACCGAGGACGGCCAGAGGAGGCGUUUUGAACACACCCAGUUUGCGGAGCAUCAGGGUCGUCUCAACCAUCAGUGGCUCAGUCUGCAGGAAGCUCUCAACUCUCAGAUCCAGGAGGUGGAGCAGAAGCUGAGGAGCAGAGUGGAGCGAGAGGUCCGUCUGCAGCAGGUCAACAGCUGGAUCACAGAGCAGAACCUCUGGAUGAUCUCAGCUCAGACACCUGGCAGCCAGACGGAGCUACAGAGGAGCAUCAGCACCUGCCAGGAUCUUGAGGAGAAAAUGAGGCAGAAGUCUGCAGCUCUUCAGGAGUUGAGAGACAACCUUAAUGGUGGAGGAGGAAAAAGCAGCUGUGAGUUCAUCUCUCAGACAGAUGAAUCCAUCCAGACCUGUGCAGCGCUCACACAGCAGCACGACACAGUGAGACGGAGGUUGAUGGAGGCGCAGCAGCUGUGGGACUGUGUGGAGAAGCGACUGAAUGAGAUGAUGCUGAAAACAGCGAGAACAUCGCAGACUCUUGAUUAUCUCAGCUGCCCUCAGCUCUCCCUGCAGGCACACAGAGAUCUCCAUGGAAAGCUGCAGCUUCUUCAUGAGGAGACGGACGCUUCUGAGUGGGACAAACUGAAUCUAAGCGUCUCCUCUCUCAGAGACAUCCUCAGUCCUGAUGCUGCCGCCCUCCUCACACAACAGCUGGACACACAGAGAGACAGUUGGACGCUGGUGUCCGGAGCUUUGGACCAGCAGCUCCAGAGGAGUCGGGACGUCCUGCAGGUGUGGGAGGUCUACGCCCGGCUGGCUGCGUCGUCCUCCCGGCGGCUGCAGACGCUGCAGAGUGACGUCAGCUCAGCGCUGAGCGGAGUGCCUGCAGACUGUGAUACUGUGGAGCAGGUCGGUGUCAAGAUACACAACGUUCAGAGUCUGCUGGACAGGACAGACACUCUGCAGUCUGACCUGCAGGGGGUGCUCAAGGCCUCCAAGGACGUCAUCUGCAACCUGGAACCUUCAGCUGCCGGUCUGGUCCAAUCAGAGAGCCGCUUGUUGUCACGUGGGGUUCAGCAGCUCAGCCAGAUGGUGACAAGAGAGCUGGGUCAGCUGCAGGAGGAGCUCGAGCGGCUGCAGGAGUUUGGAAAGGUGCUGGAGUCACUGGAGGGAAACCUGGAGCUUUGGCAGGAGCGUCUGCACAAUGUGUGCCACCAUCUUUGUUUCCAGUCUGGCCUCCUCGAGCUCAGCGGCCUGUCUGCUGACCUGGAUGUGCUGAAUGAGCAGAGCUGCAGUUUGACUUUGGGAGACGCUGCAGCACGCCGCCUGCAACGCCUCAACCACUGCUGGGCCGACGCCUCCGCCAGAGCUGAGGAGGCCUGCAGUGAGCUACAGACGGAGGCUCUGAGGCGGCAGAGCUUCGAGCAGAAGUGUGAGAGCUGGAUGUCUUUCCUGCAGAGGAUGGAGGACAGCCUGGCCGUCGACGUAGCCGGCUCGUACAUCGGCCUCAGACAGCAGCUCUGUACACACAAGCGGUUUCAGGCGGAGCUGUGUUCUGGGCACCAGAUUCUUCAUUCAGUCAUCACUGAAGCUCUUCAUCUGCUGCAGAGAGGAGAGGUGGAGGACAGGAGUGACUUCAUCCUGAAGCUGGCCCACCUCAGGGAGCACUGGCAGGGGGCGGUGCAGCGGGCGGAGCAGCGGCGCUCCCUGGUGGAGGGGCUUGUGAAGCACUGGCACCUGUACAGCCGCAGCCUGAGGAAGCUGCAGAGGUUCCUGUCCGAGACACAGAACCUCCUCCCCCCCGCCGGACCAGCACACUGCAGCCUGCAGCAGCUCAGACGCUCCCUCCAGGACCUCCAGCACACAGAGCUGUUGUUCCAGAGGUAUCAGUGCAGCUUCAUCCACACUCUGGAAGUCGGCCGGCAGCUCUUCUCCAUGGGGGACGAGGAGACCCAGACUCAGCUGCAGACGGAUCUGGGAGACCUGCAGGAGGAGUGGGACAACCUCCACAGCCUGCUGGGCCGGAGGACGGACCUCACCGACGCUAUCGUCAAGAACUGGGAGCGCUGCGAGGCCGGACUCGCAGACAGCAGGCUGCAGCUGAAGGACGUGAAGACCAGACUGAACGAGUCGAUGCCAGAUUUUGACGAUGAGCUGCAGAGUGCCGAGAAAUACAACAAGGAGAACGAGGACUCCCUGGAGGACUGGGCUGAGAGCCUGACGGAGCUGAGCACCAUGAAGACGGAUCUAUCCCAGUACAUCAUCGCGGACGACGUCCUGCUGCUGCAGGAGCAGGUGGAACACCUGCACUGUCAGUGGGAGGAACUCUGCCUGAAGGUGUCUCUGCGUAAACAGGAGAUCGCAGAUCGCCUGAACGCGUGGAUCAUCUUCAAAGAGAAGAACGAGGAGCUGUGCGAGUGGCUGACGCAGAUGGAGAACAAGGUGGCGCACAACUCCGAGCUGAACAUCGAAGAGAUGGUGGAGAAACUGAAGAAGGACUGCAUGGAAGAGAUCAACCUGUUCAGUGAGAAUAAAACCCAUUUGAAGCAGCUCGGAGAACAACUCAUCACAGCCAGCAACAAGACGAAGGAGACGGAGGUCAACGACAAGCUGAAGGACAUCAACGACCGCUGGCAGCACCUGUUUGACCACAUAGAGACCCGGGUGAGAAAGCUGAAGGAGACGCUGGUGACGGUGCAGCAGCUCGAUAAGAACAUGAGCAACCUGCGGACUUGGCUGUCUCGCAUCGAGACGGAGCUGGCCAAGCCGGUGGUCUACGACGUCUGCCACAGCGAAGAGAUUCAGAGGAAGCUGGCUGAGCAGCAGGACCUGCAGCGGGACAUCGAGCAGCACACGGAGAGCGUGGCGUCGGUGCUGACGCUUUGUGACGUCCUGCUGCACGACGCCGACGCCUGCGGCAGCGACUCGGAAAACGACUCGAUCCAGCAGACGACGCGCAGCCUGGACCGCCGCUGGAGAAACAUCUGCGCCAUGUCCAUGGAGAGGAGGAUGAGGAUCGAGGAGACGUGGCGUCUCUGGUGUAAGUUCCUGGACGACUUCUGUCGCUUUGAAGACUGGCUGAAGACGGCGGAGCUCACUGCAGCGACCCCGGACUCUGCAAACGUCCUCUACACCAGCGCCAAGGAGGAGCUCAAGAAGUUUGAGGCGUUCCAGCGGCAGGUUCAUGAGCGUCUCACUCAGCUGGAGCUGGUCAACAAACAGUAUCGCCGUCUGGCCCGGGAGAACCGAACCGACGCCGCCUGCAAGCUGAAACUGUUGGUACACGAGGGGAACCAGAGGUGGGACAGCCUGCAGAAGAGGGUGUCUUCUGUGCUCCGCAGACUCAAGCACUUCACCUCUCAGAGAGAAGACUUCGAGGGAACUCGUGAGGGGAUCCUGGUCUGGCUGACAGAGAUGGACCUGCAGCUCACCAACGUGGAGCACUUCUCCGAGAGCGACAUCGAAGACAAGAUGAGGCAGCUGAACGGCUUCCAGCAGGAGAUCACUCUGAACACAAACAAGAUCGACGCCCUAAUCGUGUUCGGGGAGAACCUGAUCCAGAAGAGCGCUCCGCUGGACGCUGUGCUGAUCGAGGACGAGCUGGAGGAGCUGCACUCGUACUGCCAGGAGGUGUUCGGCAGAGUGGCCCGCUUCCACCACCGCCUCGUCAACAGACGCCCGGUUCUGGAGGAGGAGAGGGAACUGUCAGACCUGGACGACUCUCCGGAUCUGACCAACGGGACUUCCUGGGGGGAGUCGAGGAAGAAGGACGAGGAAGAGGAGGAGGAGGAGGUUCGAGCAGUUUGUGGAGUCUCAGCUGGACGGCAGGUCAUGUGCCAACUCCUCGCACCUCCUCUGGAGCGGUCGGGAAGAGAGACGCCCGUCAGCGUGGACUCCAUCCCGCUGGAGUGGGACCACACGGUGGACGUGGGGGGGUCGUCGUCACACGAGGACGACGAGGACGCCACUUACUUCAGCGCCCUGUCAGUGAAGUCAGUGACCGACCCGCCCAGCUGGCACCAGCCCGUCUCCCCGGAGCGGAAACGAGUACCGAGCUCGUCUCCCACACACACCACCAGUACUCCCUUCCACCAGCAGGGCUACGCUAAGCUGAUGUCGGAGUGCAGCGGCAGCAUCAACAACGUGAAGAGAGUCAAGCUGAUCCUGAACGACGAGGAGGAGCUGGAGGAUCCGGGUCUGACCUUGUAUUUAGCCUCUAAUAACACACGUUACUCUUGUGUCUCUGCAGGUGUGAUCGAGCGCUGGGAGCUGCUACAAGUACAGAAGUUCAACAACACCACGGACAUCAAGCAGGACCUGGAGCAGUGGCAGAAGCUGAACUCUGACCUCUGUGACGUCACUUCCUGGUUGGGCAGAGUGCUGCCCGAGCUAGAGAGGCUACAGCGGAUCGCACCGUCCACGAGCGUCCGAGAUAUGGAAGUCAACAUCAGGAAACUGAAGGAGAUGCAAAAGACCUUCAACAGCUACAAGUGUCUGAUGAUCUCCGCCAACCUGAGCAGUCGCCACUUCCUGCGUGGCGACAGCGCUGAGCUGCGGGAGCUGCAGGAUGCUCUCAGCGCAGCCAAUUGCAGCUGGACGCAGGCCUGCAGCGGCCUGGAGAGCUGGGAGACGACGCUGCACUCUGCACUCAUGCAGUGUCAGGAGUUUCACGAGACGCUGCACUCCCUGCUGUUGUGGCUCGCUCAGGCUGAGAACAAACUCAGCGUUGUGAAUGUCAGCGACCGGUCGACGCCGCGCUCCGCCCUGCUGGAGCACCGAGACACGCUGACGGCUCUGCAGGAGGAGCUGUGCGGCUGCCAGCAGCAGGUGUCGUCGCUGCAGGAGAUCUCCUCCCAGCUCCUCCUGGAGGCCACCAGAGAAGACAGCGUGGAGGCCAAAGAAAAGGUCCAUGUCAUCGGCAACAAACUGCAUCUCCUGCUGCGACAGGUGGAUGCUGACCUGCACACGCUGCAGGGAAGACUGGUGGGUCCUUUUUACCCACGGACUAGUAGCGUGACUCGUCGUGACGAGGCUUCAGGUCUACAGGCAGCUCCGGUCGGACAGCCAGCUACUAAAAGGGAGGAGCGGAGGGAUUCUUCCCCGCAGCGUCCCUUCUUCUACCGCGUCCUCCGAGCGGCCUUCCCCCUCCACCUGCUCUUCAUCAUGCUGCUGGUUGUGGCCUGCCUGGUGCCCGUGUCUGAAGAGAACUACAGCUGCACACUGUCCAACAACUUCGCCCGCUCCUUCUAUCCCAUGCUACGCUACACCAACGGCCCUCCGCCCACAUGAUGAGGGGGGGGACUGGAUCAUACGUGAGGAUGGAGCCCCCCGCCCUUCAUGUCAUUUGCUGUAUUUAAAAAAUCUAUAUUUAUUGUUUGUGGAGUCCCACAGUUAUACAAAAAGAAGCCAUAUCACCGGUUCGUUUUAAAGUCCUUUUUAUAUCUGUAGAUUUGCCAUCUGACACCCCAAGAUUUAUUUUAAUAACUACGGUAUAUUUUCAUCUUUUUGUACUUUCACUCUCGUCUGUGGGAUCUUAAUCGAAGGAUUAAGGACAGUAAUUACCAAAGCAUCCAGAAAGCGAGCGUACACUAGCCAUUUUCUACCACUGCAGCUAUUUUUACUGUUUUUCACAGAGGGCAGACACUUGUUGAAAGUAUAUUUUGUACAGAACAGUUCGAUCAAGAGAUAUUUAUGACGGCACCGAGCCAACAGAACGACCAUGACGUUAUCAGAUGUACUUUUAAUGGUGUUACUGAUAGUUUUUGUAUAUAAAGGGCAAAACUACGAAAGAAAUGGCUAAAUUAUUGUUUGAGUUUGAGUGUGUUAUUGAAAUCUAUCAAUCAUUUGGCACGGGGCACUAGUGUGAUGACUUUGAUUGUGUUUUGGAAUAUUUUAGUAGAUCACUGAAGCUAAAUGUCACACAAACAUCACACGGCUCCAGCAUCUCAUGUUAAAAUAUCUAAACUAUCAUUCUGUGUUGUUCAGAACUUACCCAACACUCUCCUUGUUGGCCCCGUGGAGUAAAGUCCUGCAGGUGUCAAACAUCCGACAGGUUAAAACAAACAUUCAUUUUUAAAAGCAGCUUGUGUUUAUAUUGUAAUGUACAUGAAUGAUUUACCUGAACGAUGCUUUCAAAGUCAUCUAAAGAGCCGGACUCGGCGUGGAAUGCAGCCGUGUACGUGCACAAUCAAAGAUCAUUAAAUGUACGUCGUUUGUAGAUAAUCUCACUCGACAGAAACAAACAACAAAAAGUGUGUAAAGUUGAUUUAUUUAUGCGAUGUAUAGAUUGUCCUUUUUGGUUGACAAUAAACUGUGUUUGCCAU